ACACCACCCGGUGCCGUUGCCGCUGUGGAGCCUUCUACAGCCAGGCACGAACCAUUUACCUUGUGUGACGGGAUUUGACUACAUCUUUAUUACUUGGGGGUGCUCGUUCAGUGCGCAGCAACCCUCAUCGGGUUAAGCGCAAGCGAUAAGCUCAUUUGCAUGAGUGUAACAACCCCUCCACCACCAUUCCCCUCCACGAAGAACGAGUAGGUCAAAAUCACAAUGAGCUUUGGUUUCAGCGUAGGCGACAUUAUUGCAGCGGUCGAGCUUGCCAACAGAAUCCGAAAGGAAUUCGUCAAUGCGCCAAGUCAAUUUAAGGCCAUCUCUGACGAGGCGAGAAGUCUUUCUAUCGUGCUUCAAGAUGUUGAAGAUCGACUGUCUGGACCGGAUCUCGAUGAGAAACAGGCGAAGGAACUGAGGGAAAUCACCAAUAGCUGCUGUGACGUUCUUAGUGAGCUGAAAAGAACGCUGGACAAGUACAGUGAGCUAAAGUCGGGCUAUGCAGGUGCCGGGAGCAGAGCGAAAAGAAUCUGGAAUAGACUUAAAUGGGAACCGGACGAUAUAAAGGAGCUUCGAAGUCGUAUUAUCGUGAAUGUUACCCUCUGGAACGCAUUUCAAGGGAAAUUUGACAGUCAAAUAUCUGUAGGGAUACUAGCCAGCUUGGAUCAGUUGCAUGUGCGGCAAGACAGUCAAGAACGGCAUAAAGAACAUGAUGUUGUUCUUGACUGGAUUACCCCACUCAACUAUGGACCUCAGCAUAACGACUUUAUUAAUCGGCGGCAUGUAGGAACUGGAAAGUGGCUUUUGGAAUCCCCCGAGUUCAAAGAGUGGGUAGAGACUAGCAAGACAUUGUUUUGCCCUGGUAUGCCUGGAGCUGGGAAAACGAUACUCACCUCUGUCGCAAUUGACGAGCUGAAUAAUCGCUUCCAGGAUGACAAGAGCAUUGGCGUUGCGUACCUUUAUUGUAACUUCCGGCGGCAACACGAGCAGAGGGCCGAAGAGCUCCUAGCGAGCCUGCUGAAGCAGCUAAUUCAACGCCAGCGUUCUAUCCCGAAUAAUGUGCAGACCCUCUAUAAUCGCUAUAAGUGGGAAAAGAAGCAGAUGUCUUUUGCCGAAAUUUUAAGCAGUCUUAGGUUGGUGGCUACAACCAUAUAUUCGAGGGUCUUCAUUAUCGUCGACGCCCUAGAUGAGUGUCAAGUAUCCGACAGUGGCCGAACAAAAUUCUUGGAAGCCAUCCUUAAUCUCCAGGCUGAGUGUAAAACACGCAUAAACAUAUUUGCGACGUCGAGAUUUAUCCCUGAAAUCAGGGAAAGGUUUACGGAUGCUAUUCAGAGAGAGAUCGUUGCACACCCGGACGAUGUACGCAGAUACAUCGACGGUCAUAUCCAAGGUCUCCCUAGGUGUGUACGUCAGAGCCCAGACCUACAGGAUGAGAUAAAGAAGAGGAUUGCGAAUGCUGUUGAUGGAAUGUUCCUACUUGCAAAGCUCUACCUUGAUGCGAUAAAAGGCAAAAAGUCACCAAAGGCUAUUCGGAAAGCUUUAGAAGACUUGCCGAGCGGGUUUCAAGCGUACGAUGAGACAUAUGACAAGGCGUACGAGGAUGCCAUGGAGAGAAUUGAAGGUCAGAUUAGUGACGAAAGGGAGCUUGCCGUGCAGGUUAUCUAUUGGAUCACUUGCGCAAAGACACCUCUUACCACAUCUCAACUUGAGGUCGCACUUGCUAUCGAGCGAGAAUCGUUUGAAUUUGACGAAGAUAAUAUAUGUCCAGUCGAAGACAUGGUCUCUGUAUGCGCCGGGUUGGUUACAAUCGAUGAAGAGAGCGGUAUCAUCCGGUUAGUCCACUACACAGCACAGCAAUACUUCAAGCGGACGCAAGGGAAAUGGUUUCCUCAAAUAGAGACCAAUAUGGCAGCAAUAUGCUGCACAUAUCUCUCAUUUGAACAGUUUGGGAGUGGAAUUUGGCUAGAAGACAAGCAACUACAACAACGGGAGGAGGAUAAUGUGCUCUACAGCUACGCGGCACAUAAUUGGGGGCUCCAUGCUCGCGAGGAUUCGACACUUAUCCCAGAAGUUGCCACUUUCCUCGACAAACAAGAUCAGGUUGAGGCCGCGAGUCAAUCACAACUAUAUGGAGUAAUAACCCAAAUAGCCAUAGUUAGGCUUCACCAACCACGAAAAAUGACGGGGCUACAUUUAGCGGCAUACUUUGGGCUCGAGAAAGCUGUGCAGUUUUUAGUUGGCAGGCAGAGUCCAGAUGCAAAGGAUAGCAACGAGCGAACACCGCUUUCUUACGCAGCUGAGAAUGGGCACGAAGCGGUUGUAAAGUUGCUACUUGCAACAGAUGGUGUCGACCCAUCGUCAAAGCUUACUGGCCUAAGGGUGACAUCUCUAUAUUUCGCUGCUGGAAAAGGCCAUGAGGCGAUUGUGAGGCUGUUGCUUGCCCAGGAGGGUGUCGGCCCAGAAUCUAUGGACUCUUACGGCCAGUCUGUUCUGUCGUUGGCAGCUGAGAACGGACAUCUGCCAAUAGUGAAGCUGCUGCUUGACAUAGAUGGGGUUGACCCAAACCGUAAGGGCGGUAGAAGGGAGGAAACACCACUAUCGUUUGCAAUUAGCAACGGGCAUGUACCGGUAAUCAAGCUGUUGCUUGCCAGAUGUGCCAAGGACGGCAUUAAUACAGACACCCAGGAUGGGCUUGGUGGUUACACACCUCUGCACAGCGCCGCUCAAAGAGGGGACGAAGAAGUAGUAAGGCUACUGCUUGCCCAAAAGGGCGUUAACGUAAAUAACCUUAGCAUGCAGACUUACACGACGCCGAUUGUAGAUGCAGCUGAGGGAGGGCACGAGGUGGUAGUGGAGCUGUUGCUUGCGCACGAGAAUAUUGUCCCAGACUUUCAGGAUUCGCCAUUUAAAGCCACUGCGUUACAAAGGGCUGCUGAGAACGGACACGAAGGGGUCGUGAGGCUAUUACUUGCCCAUAAGGGUGUUAACCCGGACGUGUACGGCCGUGGCGAGUCGGCUUUAAGCCUCGCUGCUCGCAAGGGGCAUAUGGGGAUAGUCCAGCAACUACAAGACCAUAAGAGCAUUAAUAAGGCUUGAAUAAAACGAGAUAAGUCAAAGUACGGCGAAGGUUAAGCGGUACAGCACAAUCUCACGCCUGCUGCUCAAUGUGUGUAACGUCGCCUUUUCUUGAAGGAUGUUAAAUUGAAUCUCCAAACCCCAGAUGUCUAGGUUUAGAAAGCAAGUUGGUGUCUAUCUAUCAGUCUAGGAUAAAGCCGUUUCCUCCACGUGCUGAAGCGCCAAAUACACCUAGGCCACAGUGCUCAGUAGAGCUUUUGAACAAUGUUAUCGUUGUUAUUCUCUUCCCAAGAUUUAGACUGGUUAUGAGACAGCCGGAUAAUGGCUUCCACAUUCUGCUGCACCAGUGGCAGCGCUGCCAACUGAUCAAACCGAGCACGAUCAUUUUCCAAGGCUGCCUUCAAAGGGGCCUGCUCGGCAAUACUAGCCUUGGUGGCCCGAAUUGUCUCGGUAGAAAAGAGCGAAAUCCUCGCAGCCAAACCAUCAACAUGUGCUCGAAGAGCCUUGGCGGUAGGAUGCACGGAAUUUACCCAUCCCACACGAGCUGCUUCGGUAGCAGAGACCUGCGCUGCGGCGAGCAUGUACUCAGACGCACGGCCUGGACCAAUCAACCUCACUAGCUGCUGCAUCCCACCAACAUGAAUAAGUCCGACAGCAGCCUCAGGGGCGCCAAAUUGUGCACCUGGCCCGGCGAAUCUCAUGUCCAUUCGAAGCAGGUGUUCAUCUCCAGCGCCCCAAGCUCGGCCAUUGACCUCGCCGAUAAAAAUGACUGGGGUUGUCAAGAGAAGAUCCAAGUUUGCGUAGUACAUCUCCAAAAGAGCCGAAGAAUUGCGUCCUGGGAUUGCAUCUGGCAGGAAGAUAUUCAGGUCGAUAGGGGCGGCCCAGAAAUCAGCUGUGUCGCUGUCGAAAACCACAACUUUGGUCUCAUUCUGGUUGUUUAAGCUGAGCAUGAGAGCGUUAAAACCGGUGAUGACGUUAGCAUCCCAAAGAUUGACGGGGGGGUUUGAGAGGGUAACGCGUUUGGCGCUGCAUGAGUGAUUGAUGCACGUUUGCUUCAAGACCUCAGCACCGGCGAAGCCAUGCCAGGGCUGAGUGAGAGAAAGAAGGAAGAGGCAUUUGGUUGCGAGUUUGAGGAUGGCCAUGUUUAUUAGAGUAUAAAGUGCGCUUUGUAUCUUAUUCUGAACAGUUCGGCGAUUUAAAUGUAAUUUCUAUGGCAGUAUAUAUAGUCGUUUGCUAGCAA